AUGGACUGCAAAAACGAGUGCCAAUCAGACAUCCGCUGCAGCAUCAAUUCACGUAGGCCGUUCAACAACACUGCCUGCCGCCACCGUUGCCGGGUGCCGCCGCCGCCGGUGCUGCUGCUGCUGCUGCUGCUGCUGCUGCUGCUGCAAAUUGAUACUGCUGCCAGUGGUCUUCGUGUGAUCACUGCUGCUGCUGCUGCUGCUGCUGCUGCUGCUGCUUGGUGUUGCUGCUGGCACUACGUCCGCCACAGUUCCAAGAAGAAUCACCGCGGAUGUUGUGCUAGUAAGAUGAACAGAGCUCAUGAUCGGGAUGCUUCGGCCAGAACAAAUGUGGAGUCAUACGAUGGACGAGUCAUUGGAGCGCAAGCGUUCGUGACCCCAUCUGAGUGGAAGCUGCCUCAGAAUGUGGCGCCGCCCGACAGAUAUUUGAAACUUAUUCGUGAUGGUUGCAAGGACAUGGGCAUUGACCUGGCCUACCAACAAUGGCUACAGUCCAUUUCCAGCAACAAGGGCCAGAGGGGCCCAGAGUAUUGGGAUGCUCCCGCCAACACCAAAAAGAAAGCAAGAGUUGAUGGUAGCCCCCGGCCUGGAGCUCAGAAGUCUGGACUGGGCCCUCUCAAAAUCUCUGCGUUAUCUGAGUUUGCUGUGGGACACGAGGGCUUGGUUGACAUUGGGGCAAAUCUGGGCAAGUGCGCACCGCAAGACUUAGCCGCGCAGCUUUUGCGGGCUUCGGCUGCCAACGUGAGCCAUGUGAUUCUCACUGGCUGUAGCGUCAAGGGCUCCCUGGAUGCCAGUCGAAUCUGCCAAGAAUGGGCUGGGCCAUCAGGGUGGUCAAAAGCUUUGCAGCUCGUUGGGGCAGCCGCCCAGGCGGAGAUCCAGGAAUCUGAUGUCAUGCAGCUUCCGUGCCUCUCUUUCACCGCCGGGGUCCAUCCGCAUGAUGCAAAGCGCUGCGACGAAAAAACCAUCGAAGCAUUGCGGUCGUUGGCCAGUCAGAGUGCUUGCGUUUCUCUUGGUGAGUGUGGUCUGGACUAUGACAGGAUGUUUUCGCCGCGGGAAAUCCAGCUGCUUUGGUGUCGGAAGCAAGUGGAGCUUGCAGUAGAGUUGCGAAUGCCUUUGUUCCUCCAUGAGCGCGACAGAGAUGGGAGCAAGGGCAAACCUUUGGGUUCGUCGAACGACCUCCUAGGCAUCCUGGCAGACUGCAACGUGGAUCCUAAAGCGGUUUGUGUACAUUGCUUCACCGGGCAAGCGAAGGAAUUGGAGGCGUACAUUUCCAGGGGCUAUUUUAUUGGGCUUACUGGCUUUGCCGGCAUGAAGAAGCGUGGGGCUCACAUUCGAGAACUGCUCCGAACUGCUGCGCUCCCGCUGAAGCAGCUCAUGAUUGAGACUGAUUGCCCUUUCAUGAUGCCGGAUAAAGAGUACUUUUCGGAGGCCGUGGGAGUUCGCGGCCGCACCAAUGAACCAUGCCUCAUGCCAGCUGUAUGCCGAGCAGUUGCGGAGUGUUUGGAGGUGCCAGCCGAAGAGGUUGCCAAGGUCACCACGGAGAACGCCAAGCGCUUCUUUAGCUUGUGA